AAUGAUUGGCUGCCUGUGUCGAUAUGUGUCAGGACGGAAGCUGUAGUUACGACAACAAAUCAGCUGACAGUAGUGCACCUGCUCUCCCCUCAGACGGAAGUGGGACGUGGAAACAAGGGGAAGAGAGAAAGAGAAAGGCUAACUAAAGGACAACUUACUUCUAAGAUACAGUGACGUUAGGAAAUCCGUCGCUUUCAGCUUUACAGUCAUGGAAGCGGUGGACCAGCGCAUGACACCGCCGCUGACAUCCUCGGUCCCUCUCGCCCCGCCCUGUUUGGACCAGCCCGAACCAUCCGCCAGAGCCAACCAGGUGGGCACUGUAAUGCUGUACGGUGUGCCGAUCGUCUCUCUCAACAUCGACAACUGCGAGAGGCUUUGUCUGGCGCAGAUCUCCAACACUCUUCUGAAGCAGGAGUUCAGCUACAACGAAAUCCACAACCGUCGGGUGGCGCUGGGCAUCACCUGUGUGCAGUGUACACCUGUUCAGCUCGAGAUCCUGAGGCGUGCAGGUGCUAUGCCUAUUUCAUCGCGGAGGUGUGGCAUGAUCACGAAGCGGGAAGCGGAGAGGCUGUGUAAGUCCUUCCUGGGAGACAACUCGCCGCCGAAAUUGCCGGAAAACUUUGCCUUCGACGUGAUGCAUCAGUGCGCGUGGGGUUGUCGAGGCUCCUUCGUUCCCUCCAGAUACAACUCCUCGCGAGCCAAAUGCAUCAAGUGCCUCUACUGCGCCAUGUUCUUCAGUCCCAACAAGUUCGUUUUCCACUCUCACCGACUCUCCGACAGCAAAUACGUGCAGCCCGACGCCGCCAACUUCAAUUCGUGGCGUCGGCAUAUCCGCCUGUCGGGAGAGCCGCCCAUCGAGGUCCAGCACGCGUGGGAGGACGUGAAGGCGAUGUUCAACGGCGGGACCAGGAAGAGGCUCAUGGCUGCCAGUAGCUAUGUGAGGCCCCGUGGUGUCCCUCAGCAGGGUGCAGGAUCCCGCGUGCCCAAGUCCCCCCGCCUAGAGACGCCCCUCUCGGAGCCGCCUGCCUUCGCCCCGCCCGCCCUCAAGGCCGUGGGCGGCGACCUGCCCUACCCGCCGCCCUACCUCGCCCCUCUCCCGCCACCGUACCCCGCACACCACAAGGACGCCCGGCAGACCUUCGUGGACUACCUGUGGGGAUCCCGGGGGUCGCUGCCCCCCCUCGGCCUUCCCUACCCCCUGGCAGCGUGGCCCCGCCGCCCCCUGCCCAGCUUCCCGCCCCUCCCCCUGACCGACCCCAGACCCGACCCCGCCCCGGACGCCCGCCCGGCGGACCCCGAGGCGCCGGGCCUCAGGCCCGCCCAUCUCUCUGCCUUCACCCCUGUGGCCCGAACGUCCCCCACGCCCACGCUGGGCGGCGACCGUGACGGAGGGGCGCCGCUGCCCGAUUCCAGCAGACACUCGGACGACGAGACAGUGGACAUCGAGGCCACGGACGACGAGAACGAGUCCAAGAACGACAUGCACAAGCCCGACCCGUACAAGCCCGAGAGCUUCAAGAUCGACGCGUUCAAGGCCGACUCGUUCAAGCUGGAGACCUACAAGGGCGACGCCUACAAGCCCGAGCUCUUCAAGCCCGACAGCUUCAAGCCCGACUCCUACAAGCCCGACACUUGCAAGGGCGGCCUGCCGAAGCACCUCGCCCUUGACUUCGAGGGCUACAAGGGCGACUCCCACAAGGGCGGCGAGGAACACACCGUCGCCGACACCGACGGGGGAGCAGCCGACGCGCCCUCGCCCUCCAGCGACGUCAGGAGCCCCAAGGACGACCACGCCCGCAAGGAGGACCGCCUGCACAGAGAAGAGCACGCCCACAGAGAGGAGCUCACCCACACACCCCACUCCCUGGCCCGAGGAGGAAGCCCCGCGGCCAACACGAGCAGCACCUUGAACCUGGACGCUUCGAGGGCCGUCCUCGAGCUCCCUCCUCCCGCAAGCGACUCGCCCAACGCCGCUGCCGCCGCUGCAGCCGCUGCCGAAGACGACCCACGCCUGAGGCUCUUCCUUCUGCGGGAGGUCGAAGCGAGGCGGAGAGUGGAGCAGGAAAUGGCCAGACUCAAGUAUACAUACACCUCCCACCUCCACCACAGUCUCCACCACAGUCUCCACCACAGCCUCCACUCAGCGCUGCAACCCGCUCACCAUCUCACUAAAGAUUGGCUGGACUCUUCCACUGUUACCUCCACCCCUUAGGCCCCCCCGCCCCACCCUGGGAACUCGAGUGAGCAACAAUAGUUGGCCUGAAAUGAAACCCUGAACUAGUCCCUUUCUCGAGUGGCGGAGUGACGUCACACUUCUAGGCGGAUGUUUAUAGCAAUGACGUAAUGUGAAAGAGACGCCACUCUUGCUCUUUAAAACCAAAGGUUGGUAAUGCAGGUCUGUUUUAAGGUUGGAACACUGAAGCCGAAUUAGCCUCCUUCGCAGACCUACCGACAGAAGAAGCGGUCACGACCUCUUUGCGUUCGGUCGAGACCAUUGGAUCCUACGGCAGUGCGCGUGUUUCUGCCUCGGCCAAGAUGAAGGAGAUGGUCGAGAUGGCCUCCGAAACGUAGAAAAAUCUUCUUAAAAUCAACCAAGAGGGUUGACGAAGCGACCACGCAAGGGUCAUCUCGUGGUCUUCAUCCAGUGUCAAUCAAACCGCGGGUCUGACGGUCCGAACCCCUCGUGAACCACUCCGAGAGCGUGCCAGGGCCAGAGGGCGUCUCGGUAGCUGCUCGGGAGUCAUUACCUGGCGACGCUAACUUCCGAUAGCUUGCGGUGGGGAGCGCGACGGAAGAGCCUCGCGCCCCACAAACACCGCGAGUGACGUAGUGCUGCAUUGUCUAAUGUAUUUCCUGUUGUUGAAAAAAGUGUGAUUUACUGUAAUAGAGGAUUGUAUUGCCAAAUUGUAUAUACAAAAAUGUUUUAUCUCAGUGCUGGUGAUUAAUCGAUGUACAUGUUUGUUUAGCACUAAAAUCGUCUGUACAUAGAGUUCGAGUUUAUUGUAAAGAUGUUUCUCUAUUAAGAUAAUGAGUGUAAACUAAAGUUCCUUACCUGGCCGCGCCGCGAAGCAUACGGCAAGUUCGCUGUCCAUAGCCUAUACUUCAUAUUAAAACGUAAACCUAUAAAUGUGACUAACUUAAAUUCCUUUUCUAAGAGUUAACCUUAAAUGUGACAAACUAGUUUCCCGUUUUCUAUGAGCCCCGUCCCCUUCCGUGCUGUUGUGCCCACUUCUGUUCGGUUCUUACAAGAUUAUUUACGAGAUUUCGGCACAUAAUUUCCUAUAAACUUGUCCCCGUGGCUACCACCCCCUCUCUGUGCUUUGAACUGGUAUCAAUAAUCGUAAAGGCAUCAUCAACCUUCUUUUUUUAUGAAAUCUUUAUCAGUUCAGAUAUCUUGUUUUAUCAUUUGAUAUUCCAUCCUUUUUUCAUUGACAAAAUGAUAUUCAUUAUUUUUUUCCAUCAUGCUUUGAAAUGUAUUUGUAAAAGGUGAACUUUGCUUGGCAGUUAUUACAUUUAUAACCCGAGUGUAAGUCUUUAUAGCUAUAGAAUGUUCAAGUGUGUAGAUCCUUUUGUUUAACAUGAAAAAGAGUAAUAAAGAUGUAUACUA